AUGUUGAGAUUAAAAUUUGAUGCAAAGAAACAGCAGUAUGUUAUAACAAAAUUCUGUGACAACCACAACCAUCCUAUCUCGGAAGAUCUUUACAAACUUUAUCCAAGACAUAGACAACUCAGUGACACCGACAUUGACAAAAUUAAACAUUUCUUUGACAUGAAUGUAGACACAAAAGACAUUAGGGAUUAUGUUGUUGACAAUAUAGGGAAACAGGUUACGAAUAGGGACAUAAAUAAUGCAAAAAACAAGACUAAGACAUUUGAGAAGAAAGGACGGACAGAAGCACAACUGGUGGUUGACAUCUUAGACGAAUAUAAACAAAAAGAUCCUAGUGCAUCUAUCAUAUAUGAGUUGGCAAAUGACAAUUCUUUGGAGCUACUUUUUAUUCAAACCACCAAAAUGAAAGAACUAUAUAAACAACAUCCUGACAUUAUCUUUGUUGACGUGACAUACAAACUCAAUAUAGAAAAUUACUCUUUAUUAGUGAUAAUGGUAGAAGACAGUGAAAGACAUGGUAGACCAGUUGCUUACUGCUAUCUCAAAUCUGAAAAGAAGGAAAAUAUUUCAUCAGCAAUUAGACAUUUUUGUAAACUCAAUGACACUUCAUCAACAACAGUAGCUAUGGUUGACAAAGACUUGACAGAGAUAUCAGUAAUAACAGAACAAAUCAAAGAUAUAAAGAUUUUAUUGUGUACUUUUCAUGUAAUGAAAUAUUUCAAGAAAAAGGUUAGUGAAUUAGAAAUCAAACGUGAUAGGAAAUCUAGUUUAAUGUUUCUUCUUUCAAAACUUAUUUAUUCGCCCACAGCAUCUGAUUACAAUGAAAAUUAUUCUGUUUUGCAAAAAGAAUUUCCUGAGUUUAUAGAUUAUUUUGACACAAACUGGCAUAGCUGUAAGGAGAUGUGGGUCCACCAUUUUAGGACAACAACCAAAUUCUUAGGAAAUCACACCAACAAUAAAGUGGAAAGCCACAACCAGAAACUUAAGAUGUAUAUCAAGAGAAAUUCACACUUGUCAGAAUCAAUUAAGGGACUAUUUCGCUUCAUAAAAGAUUCUUUUGACUCCAUAGCUAAAUCAACUUUCAACACACUAAAAACAAGAGUAGAUUACAAGAAACUUAACUCAGUAAGUGAUAUAAUUGUUAAUUCCUGUGUAAAAGCUGCAUAUGAUCUUAUUCGACCACAACUUGAAAAACAUUCUGAAAGAGAUUUUGACAUCCGUCUGAUUGAAAAUACUGAAAAGUUAGAAGUUACAUACCAACACAAGACAUAUUAUGUAGACAGAAAUAUGGAACAGUGCUCCUGCACAUUUUAUACUAUAUAUUGUUUACCAUGCCAACACAUCUUUGCUUGUAGAAAACAUUUAGGAGUGGAGUUAUUUAUACAAUCCCUUAUACCAUCCAAGUGGCAACUCAAUAGUAAGUUUGAUUUUGAACAAGAGCAGGAGGAAUCACCAUUACAAAACAUUGUGCUAGUUAAAAGGGAAACUGAAAGUACCAAAAAAGUAGACCCAUUAACAGAAAGAGAAAAAUACAACAAAGCAAUGGAAAUUUUGAAAGAUAUGGCAUCAUUUUUAGCUACUUGUGGACAGGAAGAAUUCAUUGAAAAAAUAGAACAUUUAAAAUCUUUAAAAGAAUCCUGGGAAAGUAAUAAAAAAACUUGUACUGAAAUUACAGAAGUAAUUGAACACUCUAAAGAAUCAGAAUCACCUUUAACAGAAGUAAAGUGGAUAAUGAAGUAA